AUGACGGUGGACGCCCAUAGGGCUCCAGUCUCAAUGAUUCCCAAAUCCCAUGGAGGAGCCGCCGAGUAUCGCGCUGAGGUGAGCGUCCGCGCCGCCAUGACUAGAAUUGUGCUGGGUACAGCAAGGCGCAAGUGGUGUCGACCCACGCAUGUUGAAAAUCCCAAUGGCGAGGGACACAGGCGGCGGGAGAGCCCUCAAGCGAAGGGCCGCUCUGUUCCCGUUGCCUAA